CUAUAAUGGGUGAAGAUCGAGGAAUCUGCUGGUUCGGGUACAUUGACUUUAGAACCAACCCUCAUAUAGUAGACUUAGGAACUUAACCUAGGUAGAGCCACUCCAAACCCCUAGUAUCUACCUGUUUAGGUACUUUUUUGUUUUCUGUGCUUGCUUAUGUUUUGUACUAACCCCUCUUGUUGUGUUUUAAUUAUGAUUGCAUUGCAUUGCAUUUGCAUCUUAGGAAAGAGAUAUGGAUUCAAGUUCGAUUACUAAAUUAGAAAGCUUGUCAUGGAAUAUGGAUUCCUUGAUAAAUUGGAAAACAAUAUGACUUCCCGAAUAUAUUCUGAGAAACACAGGAAUGGCGAUGGAAGAGUUCGUGACCCUGCUUUAUGGCUUGAGGAUUCAAGGCAAUUGUCUAAGAGCCUUUAACAUUCCAACCCCUUUAAGAGGCGGAGGAGCCUUAGGAGGAUGGAUAGGUGAUGGAUUGCAACCAAGAUCAAGAGAAGAAGCUAGCAAUGGCAUCUAUUGGCGAGAUUACCUCAAACAUGCGGAUGAAGAAAAAGACCGAUGUUGUUUCUUGGAAUAUGAGGCUAACCUGGAAAACCAACCAACCAAACACCCUUACGAUAUCCAAGUAAAGACUAGAGAAAUGGAACGAAGGUUGGAAAAAUUAGAACGAAUGCAGAUUCAGAUCCAGGAGCAAUUGACUGAAUUUCAACAGGAGAUGAGAGAUCAGAUGCUAGAAUUACGGAGAACUAUGAUAAACCAGUUCAACCGAUUGCUAGCUGAAAGUCAAAAGAAGUGAAAGACCCGGUGGUUUACUUUGGGGUUGAUAAUGAGGAUCUUGUCUAUUCCUUAGAUUCUACUCCGACAAGUGUCCAGAUUCAGCCAGAUGGGCGUCCACAAGGAUCACUUUUUACUAUCGGAUCCCAAUAUUAUCAGACGGGUACAUCGACACCAGUGAAUUACCUGACAGGCUUAGAAUCCAAUUUGAGGACUGAUUUAGCUAAUCCUAUUGCUAAUCUAGCCGAAAUAAAGAAGAUGAUGAUAGAAUAUCCAGAUACUACAAAGGCCCUAGGGAAGAAAGGGAAUAAAGGGGAUAAUGCAGUCAGAUAUGACAAGGGCCACUCAAAACCAAUCACUGUGGGCAGGUCAAAGACGGAGACCACCAGCCAUCAAAGCCCUUUAAAGCAAGAAUCUCGAGUGAAACAAGGCACUGAGAACCUCCAGUUCACGCCAAUUUCGAUGUCAUAUAAGGAGCUGUAUCAAAGCUUGUUCGAUGCGCAUGUUGUUGCUCCUCAUUACUUAAAACCCAUACAACCCCCGUAUCCUAAAUGGUAGACAUGAACGCACAAUGUGACUACCAUGCGGAAAUUACGGGGCAUUCAAUAGAGAAUUGCAUUGCCUUCAAGAAGCUAGUCGAAAAAUUCAUCAAUAUGGGUAUUGUCAAGUUGGGUGAUUCAUCUAGUGCAAAAAGCCAUCUACCCAAUCAUGUUGACCACGGGAUGAAUGAGAUGUAUGAAGCAGUGUUGGGAAGCGUUCACAUCCAUGCCAUACAUGAAGACGCAAAGGAAAAGAGACCUUGUUAGAUACUUGCCCUUAUAAAUCUGGAGUGUUUUAAGCAAUUAGCUUGUGGAAGAAAUCCCUGUAGUUAUCAGGGCUUUUUUAGAGUAAUGUCCAGAACUUUUUUGUUGUUUUUAGCCUAAAGCGAUAGAAAUUCCUUUGUGA